AUGGGCGACAAGAAGCGCAAGCUCGCCGAGGACACCCCGGUCGACGAGGUCGCUCCCGAGGGAAAGAAGAUGAAGAAGGAGAAGAAGGACAAGAAGGAAAAGAAGGAAAAGAAGGAGAAGCGCAGGGCCGAGAAGGAGGUUGAGGCUGUUUCCGAGGUCACUCCUCAAGAGAAGAAGGAGAAGCGGGAGCACAAGAAGGCCGAGAAGAAGGAGAAGAGGGAACAGAAGGAGAAGCGCAGUUCUGAUAAGGCUGAUCUGGACGAUGAGGCUAGAGCCGCAAAGAAGGCUGCUAAGAGAGCCAAGCACGACAAGAAGAAGGUCGCUGCUGAGGAGGAGGCUGCUACGAAUGGGGAAGAGAAUGAGGCUGGGACUUCUAAUGAGACUGCUGAGGGCGAGGAGGCCCAGAAGAAGAACUCUCGUUUCAUUUGUUUCGUCGGAAACUUGCCGUACUCCGCAACCAACGAGUCCCUCGCCAAGCACUUCGAGAAGAACCCUCCCGCCGAAAUCCGCGUCGCAACCAAGAAAGAAGCACCCACCAAGUGCCGCGGUUUCGCCUUCAUCGAGUUCGACAACUACGACCGCAUGAAGACCUGCCUCAAGUUGUACCACCACUCCAUGUUCGACGACGGCAAGUACCCGCCUCGCCGGAUGAACGUUGAGUUGACUGCCGGCGGCGGUGGAUCCAACUCCGAGCACCGCAAGGCCAAGAUCCAAGCUAAGAACGAGAAGCUCAAUGAGGAGCGCCAGCGCAACGCAAAGGAUACCAAGAAGGACAAGAAGAAGCACGACAAGGAGGUUAAGCCCGCCCGUUUCGGUGCCGCGGCUUCGGGCGCUAAUGCCGUUGAUGUGCCUGCCGAGGAUGACCGAUUCGCUGGUAUGCACCCCAGUCGUCGGGGUCGGAUUUAG